ACCGCAUGCGACAGCGGGGCCUCCUCUGCGACAUCGUGCUCCAUGUGGCCAACAAGGAGAUCAAGGCACACAAGGUGGUGCUGGCCUCCUGCAGUCCAUACUUCCACGCCAUGUUUACAAUAAGCAAGACAAAGAUACCCAAGAGCAGAGGAGCAGCUCAAAGUAUUUAUUAACAAUAAACUGGAACAUCAACUGGCUGGUCAAGAGUGGAGAACCCAGCACCGGCUGCAGUAAGCAGGAGAUAGGUGAUCAUUGAUGCGUGCGCACUGUGGCAGCGCAGUGUGUAGAUCCGUGAGGAAUCCUCAGUUGAAGAGUUGUGAGUUUAAAGAACAAGCACACAGCAAACUAGAAAGUAACCACACUCCCGACACACGGGCAGAGGCGAGGAAUCAUCCGUUGAAAAGUCGUGAGUGCAGACAAUAAGUGUACAGCAAACUGGAAGGUAACCGCACUACCAACACGUGGGCAGAGAUGGGCAACCAAACAGAUACACGAUACAGGACUAACUAGGAAGAGAGUGCAAGGUAAGUUACUUCACACCCAACAACAAUCUAUCAAAGAUACUGGCACAACAAAGGGAUUAAGUAGGCAGUGAAUCAGCUGAGAACCAGGUGCUGCUAGCACGCUAAUUAGUGGCAUGAUCAGCAUUCCCCUGGGGACAAUCAGGGUUCCCAUGUAAACACUGAUCAUGCAUGCCGACAGCACCUGAGACACAUUAGGGAGAGAAAUAACAAAACAAACAGACCAAAUCACUGUACUCUCCAGAACCUCUGCGCCUCUGCCUGACAUCGAUCAGUCUCCUGACCGUAUACGACGGAGAGCCUUCAAUUAGAUGUGGAGGAGGUGGGACGGGUGUGGUGGCAUGUAAAUUGGAACGUAAAACCGAUUUCAUUUUGGAGACAUCAAAAGACAGGAUGAAUGCAUUUGAGGUAAGGAGGUAACUUAAGACAGACCAACACCAGACUAAUGGAUAUAGGAAAUUUGGGGACUCAAAUUGGGGUCAACCAAACCUUCUGACAGCAUACAUAAGAUGGGGGCUUAGACCGACUCCUUAGACAGCGGUUGGAGGAGACUAGCCGGGGGGUUACAGGAGGUCUUAUUAUUCACAUGAACAGGGCUAGAGGCUACAAACCGUCCACCAGAAUCGCUGUCUAAUGAGUGUCUGGGUGCGAGUCGCCCCUGGAUGACAAGUGACGUUGGAUGAGUGGCACAUCUAUAGCUGGGCAUGUAGCGGGGGACGCUGUGUUUUUUAGCGCAGCACAGACUUUAGCCUCCACCUCCCAGGAUAUCAUGCCCACCACUCGACUUGACAUUCUACAGGUGGGUAGAAUGGUAUCCGGUAGGAUGGUGGAGAUCGAGACAAUGAGUCGGGCUUGAUAUUUUUAGAGCCGGGCGAUACAAGAGGACGAAAUUAAAGAGAGUAAAAAAUAGUGCCCAGAUGUUUGCUGCUACGAAUGUACUCUAGGUUCUUAUUAUCAGUCCAGACCACGAAAGGUACCACCGAACCCUCUAACCAAUGACGGCACUCGCCCAAAUCCAGCCGGACAGCUAGCAAUAAUCUGUUACUGACAUUGUAGUUCCAUUCUGCUGGUGUUAAGCAGUGCGAAAAAAGGCACACGGAUGCAUCUUUCCAUCGAAGGAAGAGCGCAAAAAUCAGUGCGGGUGGAGGUGAGAUCCAUCAGAGGCGCAGCGAGUAGCCUUAAAUUCUGAAUAAACCUACGAUAGAAAUUAGCAAACCCCAGAAACCUCUGCAAAGCCUUGCAGGAGUAAUUUUUAUUUAAAUGCUCUGUUGGAUUUUCAGAGAUGAAGGGGACUGGCUUGGUGGACUGGGUGAUGACGGUCAAGGGCCUGCCACUGAGGGUGUGGGUAGUGAUCGGUACAUCCAACUGAGAGUCCUGAUAAGACCCUUACCACCUCCUGACCUUGAGCCGAGCGAUCGAACACUCGGCGGAGCUCCAUGGAGAAGGCAUGAAAUGAAGCACAGCAGGGAUGUCUGUUAUCCCACAAGGAGGCUCCCCAUUCACCUGCCCGUCCGGUGAGGAGUGUGAUAACACAAACCACCUUCAUUGUCUCCAACAGGAAAGCAGAGGGUUGUAAAGUGAAAAACAAGGAACUUUCUGAAAGGAAAGUGCUGCAGGAUCCCGCCUCACCUGAGAACGAGUUGGAUGAUGAAUAUAAGCCUCUCAGCAUCCAGAAACGUGGGGAACCACCAGAGCCGGCGAGGGCGCUUUCUGAGUGAGACCAGGAUCGGGAGUUGUUGAACGACAGAGGUGAGCUCAUCGAGCUGUGACGCCAUCAUAUCCAUGGAAGGUAACACACUCCCAACAUGCGGGCAGAGAUGAGGAAUCCUCUGUAGAAAAGUUGUGAGCACAGAAAAUAAGCGUACAGCAAACUGGAAGGUAACCGCACUCCCAACACGCAGGCAGAGACGGGCAACCAAACAGAUACACGAGACAGGACCAACUAGGCAGAGAGAGCGAGAUGAGAUGUCAGAGAGCCGUCAGACCCACGUGACCCUGCAUGAUAUUGACUCUCAGGCCCUAGAGCAGCUGGUGCAGUACGCUUACACUGCCGAGAUUGUAGUAGGUGAAGGAAACGUGCAGACCCUCCUGCCUGCAGCUAGUCUCCUACAACUCAAUGGAGUGAGAGAUGCCUGCUGUAAAUUCCUCCUCAGCCAACUGGACCCCUCCAACUGCCUAGGCAUCCGUGGCUUUGCAGACACUCACUCCUGCAGUGACCUGCUCAAGUCGGCCCAUAAAUAUGUCCUGCAGCACUUUGUGGAGGUGUCGAAGACUGAGGAGUUUAUGCUGCUACCUUUGAAACAGGUGCUGGAUCUGAUCUCCAGUGACAACCUGAACGUCCCAUCUGAGGAGGAGGUGUACAGGGCCGUGCUGAGCUGGGUCAAGCAUGACAUUGAUGGGCGGAGGCAACAAGUGCCCCGUCUGAUGAAGUGUGUGCGGCUACCCCUGCUGACAAGAGACUUUCUCAUGAGUAACGUGGAUACAGAGCUGCUGGUGCGACACCACUCUGAGUGCAAAGACCUGCUGAUCGAGGCUCUGAAGUAUCACCUGAUGCCUGAGCAGAGAGGCGUGCUCAGCAACAGCCGUACCCGUCCACGGCGUUGUGAGGGUGCCAGCCCGGUUCUCUUUGCCGUAGGUGGAGGCAGUCUUUUUGCUAUUCAUGGAGACUGUGAGGCCUAUGACACCAGGACAGACCGCUGGCACAUGGUGGCUUCCAUGUCAACACGGCGGGCACGAGUUGGUGUGUCUGCUAUUGGAAAUAAGCUCUACGCUGUGGGCGGGUAUGAUGGCACCUCUGAUUUGGCAACUGUAGAGUCGUAUGAUCCAGUAACCAAUGCGUGGCAGCCUGAGGUCUCCAUGGGAACGAGGAGGAGCUGUUUAGGUGUGGCGGUACUGCAUGGGCUGCUAUAUGCUGCAGGAGGAUAUGAUGGUGCUUCCUGUCUCAACAGUGCGGAGAGGUACGACCCUCUGACCAGUACCUGGACCUCUGUCGCUGCCAUGAGCACCAGGAGGAGAUAUGUCAGAGUGGCUACUUUAGAUGGCAGCCUGUAUGCGGUUGGUGGGUAUGACAGCUCUUCACACUUAGCCACAGUAGAAAAGUAUGAACCACAGAGUAAUACCUGGACUGCCAUUGCCAACAUGCUUAGUAGGAGAAGCAGUGCAGGGGUGGCAGUACUGGAGGGCAUGCUUUAUGUUGCUGGGGGCAAUGAUGGAACCAGCUGCCUAAAUUCAGUGGAAAGAUAUAAUCCAAAAACCAACAACUGGGAGGGAGUGGCCCCAAUGAACAUCCGCAGAAGCACUCAUGAUCUGGUUGCCAUGGACGGCUGGCUCUAUGCAGUUGGAGGCAAUGAUGGCAGCUCUAGUCUCAACUCCAUAGAAAAGUACAACCCUCGGAGCAACAAAUGGGUGGCGGCGUCGUGUAUGUUCACACGCCGUAGCAGUGUAGGAGUUGCUGUUCUGGAGCUCCUCAACUUUCCUCCUCCGUCCUCCCCCACUCUUUCCGUCUCCUCCACCAGUCUUUGACAAAGGGUAAAGACACGCCUUAGCUCCAGCGGCUUGCCCUGCAUGGCCAAGAGGCGCAACUGCUCGGUGUGAGCGAGUGCCACGUGGGCCACAGCGCCUUCCCUCUACCUGGAGGAUUACUACACCGUUCCACAGCUCAUGAGGGUAAAUAAAGGCUGAAAAGAAAAGAAAACACUCUCACACACUCCAGGCAGCCACAGCUCUCACCCUGUAAACCCCAGUGCUUGAAAGUGAAAACUCAUGUUGCUCUGCCAGUUUGCGGUCACUUUGUGUAUGAUGUAUAUUUAAAUGUAUAUGAUUUAUGAUUAUUUUUGGAUUAUUUAAAAUAAUAAAUAAUUACAUUUAAAAAAGAAUAAACAUCUGUAGGAAUGUAGCUCUUGAGAGACUGCCAAGCAUGUUUACAGAAAUGUUGUCUUUGCAGACAAUAAUAUUGUAGUUCUACUGUGCCACACUAGGUGGCAAUAAUGAGCAAUGCUGCCCUGUCUCACCACAGAUGCGCAUGGACAUAUAGAAGCAGAAAAUCUCAAAACGGUGGCUGGACUCUACACUACAUCAAAUCAUAAUAUAUGUUUUAUGUAUUUUCCUAUUUAUUUAUCAAAUGUAAUAUAAGCAUAUGAAAUUAUUUCAGACAUGUUUGAACAAUCACCUCUGUCUUUAAGAUGGGAAAUACUAUAUAGUUUUAAUGGACAUGAUUAUUGCAUAUCAGAGAAACACUGGUGUUAUAUUUGUAUGAAAUGUGAUUUUAGGGAGUUGAUCAGGUAUUCAGUGUUUUAUCUUUUGUGUUCAGUUAUCUUUCUGUAGUCAUGAAUUAAAAGCCUUUGAGAGUUUGAGCUCAAUAUGAGUACAAGCUCUACUAAUAUUACACUAACCAGGAGAAAUGUCUUUUGACUAAAUACAAUAGCCAUACCUAAAACUAGCUGUGACAUAAAAGCUGCACUUUGUCAUUUCUCAUUGUUUUAAAAGGGUUAUCAGUGCUCAGAAUUAAUUCUGAUUAACUAACGGGUAAUCAGUAAUACUAAGACUUCAAAAUCAAGCCCUUUUAUCAAUGUCAGUAACUCAACUUUUAUAAGCUCUCAGUGUUUUAAGUCACAUUAAUCGGUAUUACCUAUUUUUUGGCAUAAGUCUUUAGUUUGUUUCUGGAUUUUAUCUUAUUCAUUACGCAAAGAGGUAGAUCACAUUGAAGUAUGGGAUUAUUUGCUUUCUUACCAGGGUUGUCGGUUUACAAAGUUUAAUUGGAUCUAGAUAGUUUACUGUGUUGUGAUGUCAUUGGUAACAGCAACUACUAAUGCAUCUUACCUCAGAGGGGCAGAGUUGAGCUGUUGAGUGCACUGCUCACCCUGAAACAAGACAAGGCUCGGCAAUCCUCCUUUCUGCCAUUUCACUUAGAUUUGGAAAUGUUGCGUAGUGUUAUAAAAUAUUUUAACUUCUGAGAAGUAAUAAUUUAUUUUCCUUUUUUGAAGGACUUUUUUGAUUUAAAGACACUCGUUCCAGGUCAGUGUAAUGUUUAUGUCCAGGGAAAUCAUAGAGUUUGUGUGUCUGAGGACUACAGAACAUUUUCUGUAGUGGUUGACAGUAAGUACAGUAAAUAACACACAAUCCACCCUACAGAAUGGAACCAUGUAUAUAACCAGAUAUAUUGAAACUCUGUGCAAUUGUCAAUGUAACUGUGGCUUUCUUUUUUUAUUAUUUGGAUUGUACUGUUGUUGUAUGUGUCAUUUAUUUAUAUUGAGCUGGUUAUGUUUCACUAUAUUUAAGAACAAAUGUCAAAAUGAUUUUUGCACUAAUGUGAAAUGGAGCAAUACACUGCUGUAUAAUAACAAAACACACUACUGUAAAUGAAAUAAAGAUGUAUUCAG